AUGAAGAUCUACAAAUGGUCAUGCAUCGUUCAGUCCUACCUCCAGUGGCUUCAGGACAGUGACUACAACCCCAACUGCCGCCUCUGCUCCACCCCCCUGGCCUCCCAGGACACCGUCAGACUGACUUGCUAUGAUGUUUUCCACUGGUCCUGCCUGAACGAGCUGGCAGCCCGGCUGCCACUACACACAGCCCCGGCCGGGUACCAGUGUCCCUCCUGCCAUGGGCCUGUGUUCCCCCCCUCCAACCUGGCCAACCCGGUGGCGGACGUGCUGAGGGAGCGCCUCUCCUCGGUUAACUGGGCCCGCGCGGGCCUGGGCCUGCCGCUGAUUGAAGAAAGGAGCAGUGCACAAGAAAACGCGCCACAUGACGUCACUGACUACACCGACUGGUCCUCUUUUGACUCACUUACAGCACCAUCCACAACCUCUCCAGCCAGCCAGCCCUAUAUGUCGAACCCGGUGCCCCCCGUGGCCCCCACCCAGGCAGACUUUCCCAGCAGCAGUAACAAUGGCAGCCUGCUGUCCCAGUCGCACUGUGUCGUCAGCAUGAGCACCGCGUCGGCCAGCGAGUCCGUUGUGCUUCACUCAGCAUCUUCCCCCCGGAAAGUUUAUGACACCCGAGACUCUGGACACACAUCUGUCACGCAGAUCGACUUCGACGACGACAAAUAUCGGCGUCGCCCAGCAUUAAGCUGGUUUGCACAGAUACUCAAAAAUCGAUCGGGUUCCAAGCGGACAUCCCUGACACUGAAGCAGAGGGUUCUUCUGGUGCUCCUGCUCGGCACUCUGGGAUUUUUCACCCUGAUCAUCGUCAUGGCGAAGCUGGGACGGGCGUCGGCUGACACUGACCCCAACCUAGACCCCCGGCUAAACCCACACAUCCAUGUGGGGAACAACUAAUUGGGUCCUUUGUGUAGGACAUGGGCAGAAAGGAUUAUCAGCUAUGACAGAAAAGCAGGUUCUGAUAUGGUGGGUAUGAAUAUAUGUUGGGACCAAGGGAUCCAGAGACCAUAUAUUCUCUCUGGAACUAUGGUGCAGUUCAGCACCUCUUUAGUUUUGCAGUGGGGUGAAAUAACCUCUCUGUUUCUGACCUGAUUUUAAGUAGGUUGGAAACCACCUUAAAUAUUUUUGUUAAACAUCAGAUUUGCUAUGACCUGAAAUACCACGUCAUAAUUUACUCAUUUUGCUACAGCCUUAAAACAACUGAUUUAAUUGUCCAGUUGUGGCCACCACCAUGGCUAUUAGAUCAAUGUAUAGCUGUCAGUGAACCAUUUAAUAGAUAUACAUCUUAUGCUGCAAAGACUUGAGGCAUCCGACAUUGAUGUAAGGCAAUGCCUUUCGUGCAGGGUGCUGUGUGCGCAAGGUUUUAAGCACUGCUCACAAGUUCCGUACUGAGACAGCCGAAUUGGUUCAUCGACCUGUAACGGUCAGUUUAGUAGAAGAGUACUAAAGUAGACCGAAAACGUGUGCAGGCAGAGGAACCUGCUGACAUUGGAGUUCCGCAGCCCUGUGUGCCCUCUGUCAGCAUGCGGAUUUUUAGCAGCCCUGUGUUAACUCGUGUGUAUGAAAUCAUAUUCUCUUUCUUUAUGUAAUUCUGGGUGCAUCUACACAAGUUGCAAUAGAUAUUAAUAUACUGGAACAAUGACAAUAUGUAUAUUACAAGCUGUAUUAAAUUUAUUAAAUAUCCUCAACUGAGUGAGUAGCCGUGUGGGGAAAAAGGUACAAAAUGAGUUUUUAAAUGAGACACACUGUAAUAUUACCUUGCAGUUGCCAGGUAAGCAAAUCUGAAUGCCAGCCCCCACCCCCAAAUUUCAAGUACUAAAUUGUUCAGGCUGAUGGAAAUGCAAUUAACACUACUUUGUUUUUUUUUUUUAAACCAUGCACCUUGCCUCUGUACUUUCUGUACUGAAGAGUUUGAUAAACCUAUGUAAAAAGCUUAAAGAAAAAUGUCAAAUCUUACUGUAAUAUUAGACUUAAUGUCUUAUCAAUGAUUGACCAUUUCCCACAAGAGAAUCCGUACCAACACUUUAGGGUAAACUAGCAGGCCUGAUCUAGGCACAUAUGGACUUAGGUUAGUGCUGAAGUUGGGUCUGACACUUAAGUCAUGAUAAUACCACAAGUUAUACGAUCACUAUUUUCAACCGUUGAAAGAUAUUCUUUACUGCUUAUCUCAUAAGAUGUCUUCCUGUACUCAUGUUUGUUUCUUAUAAUUUUUAUUUAUUUCGUCUGUUAAUUUUUGCUCAUUACACUGAAUUUGAAACCCACAAUGUGUCUUGCGCUGCUAAAAAUAAACGCGUCUUUUUCACGAAA